ACACAGAGCAUGAGAGACAUGCCCUUUUGAGAGACGCGGUGCCCGAGUUGCAGCGACACUGUCAGGAAUAUGGACUGGAUUUUCAGCUUGUUGAUAUGAACUAUGGUCCUGGCGACAUAGCAACCAACGACCAUGAGAUGGGGGCGUUACGCAUCCGAGAAAUCACAGACGCACAUCGGAUCUCACAAGGACCAUUCUUUCUGUCGAUUCUAGGUAAUAAGUAUGGAGACUAUGUGUUACCGAUGCGAAUCGACUCCACAGAAUUCAGUCAUAUCCGAGACUGCGCUUUUGAGGCUGGUAAAGAUAUCAACAUCUUAGAUGAGUGGUACAUCCAAGAGGCGGAUGGACUGGAGCAAGUCUAUUCACUCUCGCCAAUAUCUGCUAAGCUAAAGAGCUACUAUGACCUGACUGAAGAGAACAAAGAAUCCCACGAGAAGGAUGUUGCCAAGUGGAAGAAGACGCACGACUCCCUUCUUGAGAUCUUACAGCAAUGCUCAGAAUAUGUCCAUGAUGAAGGAUUGCUCAACGAGGAACAGCUGCAUAAAUAUCACAUGUCAGCGAUUGAGAACGAGCUUGUUCACGCCAGUCAACUCUCUAAUGAAGCAAGCGGAAAAUGUCUCUUUGUUUUCCGUACACUCGAAGACUUUCCCCAGAACGUUGAGAACCAAGAAAUGCAUAAUUACGUCGACAUCCGUAAGCCAAGCAGACCAAAGAUUUACAAGAAGGCCCAGGAGAGAAUAAAGUUUUUGAAGGAAACGAAGAUCCCGUCUCUCGCGAUCGAGGAGAACGUAUUCACCUACUCGACGCCUUGGUCAACAAAUGGUCUAGAUCCUCAGAAUGUCGAGGAACACGUUCAGUAUGUCAAGGAGAUGACAUCUCAGAUUGUCUUCAGGAUCAAGGAGCUCAUCAACGAGGAGAUUGCCAAGGAGAAAGAGAACACUCGCAAUGUGGAUAACUCGAAGAGCGUCAUGUCGGAGGUCAUUGCACACGGGCACGUUGCCGCUUCAAAGAAAACAAACUUUAUCAAUCGGGACUCUAUUGUCAGCCAGGUGGAGCGGCUGAUCAAUCCGGCGAAGGUCGAGGCUAAAAAGGAGAAUCAUCCCAUCAUCUUACAUGGAGAGGCUGGAAGUGGGAAAACGACGGUCGUCGCACAGUUGGUUCAUCUGGCGCCCUCAUGGCUCGGCGACGGCUCAACCCUUGUUGCGAGGUUCAUGGGGCGUACAACAAACUGCAAGACGAUGCGAGACCUGCUGGAGAGCUCUUGCCACCAGAUCCUCGAAGUCUACAAGCCUAAGGGACUCGGCGAGCUCCCGAAAGACCGGGACAAACUCACCGCCUUGUUCUUAAAGCUGGUGACCACCGUGCCUAGCCCAGUGAAACCCCUCCUCAUCAUCGUCGACAUCCCCGAAGAAAUCUCGCAGAAUCUCAGCAAGGAGCUCCUGGAUUGGCUCCCGUGUGAGAUCCCCGCCUCCACGAACAUCGUGCUCUCGUUAUCCGACUCUCCCGCCCUCAAGGUCCUCCACGAAAAGAUUCCCAACCAGACUCACUUCAUCCGCGUCACGUCGCUGAAUGACCGCGAACUCUCAGAGAUGGUCAAACUCUUUCUCACAGAAAACUCACGGCCUUUGACCUCGGACCAGGUCAAGGUAGUGACCCGCGCUGUGGCCAGACACCCGUUGCCAAUGUUUGCUAAGUUAAUGUGUCAUGAAGCUCAGUUUGUGAAUCCUUCGGGUAAUGGGAGGGAUCCUGUAGCUGCUUUGACGGAGGCAGCCAAUCUACUCUUACAACACGUGGAGGAGAGACAUGGAAUCGUAGUUACCAACCACAUCCUCAGAUACCUGACGGCCGCUCAUCAUGGUUUAACGGAGGCUGAGCUGUUAGAUUUGUUGUCAUGUGACGACGAUCUCCUAGGGACCAUUUACCCAGAAUCCUUACCUCAAUUGUUGCGAUUCCCGUAUCAUCUCUGGGCUGCUAUCAAGUACGACCUCGGCUCUUUGUUGGAGGAACAUUUCAUCGACAGCAAGACGUUGGUAACAUGGAGCAGCUCCGUCAUCCAGCAGAUCGCCUCGCAGCGUUACUUCACCAACAGCUCCUUACGAAUCAAGUGUCACAAACACAUUGCCGAGCUGUUCCUCCAGACGUGGGUCAAAGAGAAGCGAUGGUCUCUCGAGGGUCGUGACCUGGAAGGGGUCGAGUCGGGUCGUAAGGUCGCACCGCAGCCACUGCUUUAUGGAGAGACGAGGUAUAACAUCCGACGGCUGAGCGAGCUAUGGUUCCAUCUGGCACAUGCUGGUGAUCUGAAGAGGCUGAAGCACUUCACCAUGUGUAACUUUGAGUACCUCCUUGCCAAGGCGCACGCCAUGUCAGUCUACCAAUUGCUUCAGGAUUUCGACACCGUUCGUAGCAUGGUGAUUGAUUCCGAGAUUGACCUGACAAGCAGUGCGAUGAUGCUUAGCGCCCCCGCACUGACUGCUGACCCGCUGCAACUUGCUGCUGAGCUGAUCGGCCGCUUGUUACCGGUCAAAGAGGACUACCCAGGCAGCUUAGAGAGUCUGAUCAAUCAAUCCAUGGAAUGGUGUGAGCAGUUCACUCGCCCCCUCAUCGUUCCCUUAGCCUCCUGGCUGCCGGCGGCCCGAGAUGCGUACGUCACCACGGUCCCCUGUGAGGGCGCUGUACACAAGAUGGCGGUAUCCACGGACAACCAGUGGGUGUACUGCGUCCUGAAGGAGAUGUACAUCGCAGCGUUCCGGGUCGCCUCUCACGAGAAGGGCUGGGAGAUCAAGGCUCAUGACAUGGAAGUGACGUGUAUACAGACGUCAGACGAUAACAGGUGGUUGUUAACCGGCUCAACAGACAAGACCAUCAAAGUCUGGUGCACCGACAAAGCGGAGUGCGUCGGAACCCUCGCUGAACAGAAAGGCGUGAUUACAGCAGUCCUGAUGAGUCAUAACGGCAAACGUAUCAUCAGCGGCUCGGCCGACUUCAAGCUGAGAAUCUUCUCUAGUGAGACCAGAGAGUUGGAGAAGACUCUUGAGGGACACAAGGAUGCUGUGAUUGCGAUCUCCGUCAAUAGCCACGACGAUGUGCUGGUCUCGGCUUCGGCUGACUCUACAAUUAGGACAUGGAAUCUGGAGACGUUUCAAGACUUGGAUGUGAUCGAGGGCAACCAGUGUCUGAUUACACACAUGACAUUAUCAUCAGAUGAUAUGUUCAUUAUCACUGCCUACGAGGACAAGACGCUGCAAGUCUUCUGUCUACCCACAGGAUCUGAAGUACACUGUCUGGAGAAACACAGCGACAGCAUUGUUGAUCUGAGCAUCUGUGCAGACGGCAGCAACAUCGCCAUAGCAACCAUCAAAAACAAAGUGCACAUCUACAACAUCAAGACGCAGGAGAUCAUCGAGACACUGAGUGGCCACAAGGGGGCGAUCUCCACAGUGGCGGUGACGCGCGACGGUCAUUUUGUGAUGACGUCGUGCUUGGACGGCAACAUCAGAGUCUGGAAUAUGCCCAAGAAAUCCAACUCUGAAGUUUCACCGUUCUCCCAUCAGGCAAAAGUCUCCUGCAUAGCUCUGAGUAAAGAAGGCAUCUAUGCAAUCACUGGAUCCACAGACUGCACUCUGAGACUCUGGAACCUAGAACUCUGCCAAAUGAUGAAUAUAUUAUGCGAGCAUACCAAGCCAAUCACAUGCCUCGCUCUGGCUGAUGAUGGCAGCUUUGCUGUGUCUGGAUCGGAGGAUAAGUCUGUACGUGUAUGGAGUGCAGGGUCAGGGGUCGUCGUGGUUCACUUUACCGACCACACCGAUGUCAUCUCCAACGUUCUGAUCACAUCAGACAACAAGCGCAUCCUAUCGGCUGAUUUCAGUAACUACAUGAAACUAUGGAAAGCUGAAUCUGGUGAGGUACUCCUCUCCUGCAGCGGCCCGUCCUCCAUGGUGACGCUGACUCCCAACAACGACUUUGCCAUCAGCGGCGAUCGGAACGAACUCAUGAAGAUCUGGUCGGUCGGUAGCGGCGAGUCCGUCAAGACGAUCAACCACGUCGAGACCAUCACCUGCCUGGUGGUGACCAAGGAUAACCAUUUCACCAUCACCGGAUCGGAAGAUAUGUCGCUGAAGAUCUGGGAGACUGAGACGGGGAAGUUGACGCAAAUCCUCGCUGGCCACGAUGACAAGGUGUCCUGCGUCGCUACGGCCGAUCACAAUCGUCAUGUGAUCUCCGGCUCGCACGACAAGACGUUGAUCAUCUGGAACAUGGGUACCGGUGAGAUUGAGAAGAUACUGACUGGGCACACGGACAUAGUUACCAGUGUGAAGAUGACCAGUGAUGGUAGUAUCGUUGUCUCAGGUUCUCAUGACGGCACUGUCUGCGUCUGGGCCGUGCAGACCGGUCUCCUAGUCACAGCGUUCCACAUGAAUGUAGCCGUAGCUGAGCUACAGAUGUCCUUUGAUGCCAGUCACAUCGUUGUACGUCUUCUAGAAGGGGGAUGCGCUCCUUUGCUUUGUUUACAUAACAGCCCAGCAACAGACAUCAAAUCACAGAGUCAAGUUGAUAUUGACAUACGAGAGGGUCAGCGUGAUUUGGGGACUAGUGUCCAAGAGGAAGAGUCCUCGAGCACCGUGCUCCCGAUCAAACCCAAACCGCCGCUGGUCCACAAGCAAACGUCUCUGCAGAUGCCCGCCAUCACUCGCAAGUCAACUAGCUCGGCCCCGGACUCCUCCCGUCCCAAGGCCAUUGUGACGGCCGCCAAGGCGCGCCACCAAAGCUACCAAGAUGCCACGCCCACAUCGGGCAAGUCUAAGAAGAACAAGAAGUCGGGGGUGUGUCUGCUGUUCUGACUGGCAAGAUUCAGGAGGAGGUAACUAUCUGUGUUUAGAGAGAGAAUUUAAGGGGAUGAGGUUGUUGGUUACUGACGUCACUUGCUGCGAACGAAAACUCUGAAAUUUACUUGGUGAAGAUUUUUUUUUUUUCUUUUUUUUACAUCUAAGUCUUUCUUUGGAUGGGAAACUUCAUACAGGCAUGGUCAACUCAAAAUAAUAAUGAUAAUAAAAAAUUUGCAUUAUUGAGCACCCUUUCCAGGGAAACUUCAUAAUGGCUUGGUCAACUCAAAAUGAUAUGUAAUAAGCUUGCAUUUACAGAGCAUCUUUUCCAGAGGAUGCAAAACGCAUGGAUAUCUGCACAACAGAUUAAAACAAGAAACAAAGAUGGCCCAUCAUACAAAUCACUCUCGACGAAACAAGUGAGUCUUCAGCAAUUUCUUGAAUGAUUCAUAUGGAGUCCGAUGAUUAUUUGGUCAACUCAACAUCUCAACAAAAAAACCACUAUUUCUUGAAGACAUCUGUAAAAAUCUGAAAUACAAUAAUCUGUUUCCCAUUUUACUUCAGUUUGAUCUCACAUGGGAGAUUGGUGGCAGUGUUUACUGUCAUUUUGAGCCAAAGAAGUCUUUCAUGAGGACAAUUUCUUUAAAAAUUAUUGUAGUUUUUCUCUCACUGGUUGCUGUUAAAGAGGGCUCCAAGAUCAUAUUCAGUUUUGUGAUCCACUCUUUUAUCAAUCGCUACUGUUCUUAUGAAGAUGAAAACGUAUUUACAUAUGUCUGACUUUACCUUAAAACAGUGUAAAAUGUCACUGUGUUUGACAUUCUUCAAGUGCAAUUUCUGUCCAAAUCUUAAAACGUUUCAUUGCGACACAUUUCAAAUAUAGUGAUAUUGACAUUAUUGUUGGAGAAUUUCUCAGUUCAUUCCUGAACCUUGAUGAUAUUCAGUCAACAUUGCAUUGAAUUUCACCACUUAACUGCCACUGAAAAUCCUCUUUAAUGAACAGAUUCUUUGUUUGACGUUCGAUGACGUCACAUUUCAAACUUCACAACAAAAGAAUAUCAAAUAAAAACUGGCAUUUUACACCAUAAUCGUGAGAUAAGAAUCUUGAAAUUUUUCCUCUCUAUCAUGAUGACUCUAUCAUUUGGAAAAUAUUGCAUCACACAACUCAAUUUAACCUUGGAGCCCCUCUUGAACUUACCAUCUCUGGUUAUAAUAUUGUAACUCUCAAGCAACCACACCUGGACCCAAUUUCAUAAAGCCUGUAAACACAAAAAAUUGCUUAGCACAAAUCGAAAAAAUUUGCUGAGCGAAAUUAGGUUACCAGCCAGAGAACACCAUACAAUUAGUAUUGCUGAGACUGGUACCUUGGCCAUCUCUUGCCUAAGCAAGAAAUUUGCUAAGAAGAAUUUUCUGCUGAACAGCUUCAUGAAACUGGGUCGUUCUGUGUCCCAAGAACACGCUUAAGCAACCAUCCUUGUCAACUCUAAGUAAGUGAGAGUUUUUCUAGUAAGCAGUAAAAAUCAAAACUGGGCAGAGUUUUCCGGAUAAGCAGCAAGUAACGUUUUAACCAACAGCAAAAACCCCUUUUGGAAAAGGAAGAAGUUAACGAUAUCUGACAUGCUGCCUGCAGAGUUUAGUAAAUGUCAUAGAAAUAUAUCCCAGAGAAUGCUGAGCUCGGCCGCCCUCUGUGGACGCGGCGUACAUGUAUGUAUCGAUACCACACGAUACGCGUGUAUGGCAAUACCACACGAUAUGCGUGUAUGGCAAAAUUAUCACCACGUGACACGCACGUUUAGCAAAAUGGCUACACACAUGGACCGUUUCUACGUUGGUCAUUGUUUAUGACGGAAACUAUAUGGCAAAAACAAUGGUGUAUGCGUUCAAUAAAAGAGGUUUGAAAUCGCACGCACAAUGGCGCACUCAGCGUUCUCUGGGUUCUUUUUCUAUGGUAAAUGUACAUUUCAAGUAUCAACCAUUUUCUUUCCUUCGUGCACUACUCACCUUUGUCACUUUUAUAGAACAUCAACUUUAAAUAAUGCUUCUAAGAUCUGUAUGUUUUGUACUAUUUUUCAAACGGGGUCGUUCAAAAGGGACUAGGGAUCGUUGUCAACCAUAAAGACAAAACCAAAUUGAUAGUGUAACUUACAAGAUGAUAGACUUGUGGACAAGUCGUUACAGGUCUGUCGCGGCGAUAGCAUUCCGACUCUCUCCGCGAUUCCAGCACCACUGGCGGUAUUCUCUGGAGACUAUUGCAGCCGAUUUCACGAAACGCUAGAAUUAAUCCUAUAUAAGUUAGGACGGGUAACUCAUCCUAACUUGG